CCCUUCAGCUCUUCUACACCUCUUCGUUGUUCUUCCUUUGCAUCGAGGGAGAACAAUAGAGGACGCGAAGAAUCGGAAAGGGCGCCGAAACGUAAAGGAGGCGCCUUUCCGAAUCUUGUCUUUCGAAGUGGCUUUCGAGAUCCCAGUGGUUCAAUGGCGCAAGGCACCCAUGUUCCUAAAUUUGGAAAUUGGGAAGGCGAUGAGGCUGUUGACACUGUUUCUUUUCCUUACACACAGUAUUUUGAGAAAGCUCGCAAGGGAAGAAUGGGAACAAAAGCAGUGAAUGCAGACAAUCCGCAUGAUAACCCUGAAGAAUUUCAUGCAGGUGCAACAUUGAUCCAUGUCCCACCACUUACAAGCUCUCCUCACCAAGGUGGCUCACCUUUACACCAUGAUCCUAUCAUCCAUAAACACACCAUAGAUUCUCCUAAUAAUAGAUAUGAGGAUCAAAUGCCUUCUGGUGAUUAUCAAAGUAGAUUACAUCAAGUAGGCGAUGGGUCUGAUUACAAAGGGAAUGCCUCUCCACUCCAUCCUCAUUAUCAAAUGAACAAUAAUGUGUAUUCUACUUCUGAAGGGUUGUCAGAGGGUAACUAUGGUUCUAUGUCAAACUCUCCCGGAGGUUUGAGAAUGGCUGGUGUUGGAGAUGAAAAUACAAUUAAGAAAGGGCAAGCUGUUCCUAAAUUUGGAGAGUGGAAUGAAGAUCUUUAUAUGGCUGAUGGUUAUUCCGUCAUAUUUAGCAAAGUGAGAGAAGAUAAAGAAAAAGAAGGGAGACAAACUCGACCAGCUACUGUUCCCAAUGUACCAAACAAUACGACAGCUGAUAAUAGUCAGGAAAACAGUCAUGAAUCUGCUACUUGCUCGUGCUUUGGCUGGUGCAAAAAGUGAGCUAUCCUCAAAGCUUAGGAAGGCUUGAUGCUGUAAUUAGCCAACAAAAUAUAUACUUAUUUUGUGUGAUAUUAAGGAUCUCAAUAGAUGAAGUCGGUCAAUUCCAUUGUGUCUUGUUUUGAUAUUUAUUAAUCUUUUGCAGAUUAUUGUGCCUUGUUUUGGUAUUAUCAGUCUUUUGCAGAAUAUUGUGCCAUGUUUUGAUUGUGUAUCCAGUUCAAAAUAAUGGAUGAUAAUCCAAUAUAUUAUUAUGAA